UUUUUCAAGUCUUGUGACAUUUGCAGCUUUAAACAAAUUUCAUUUGGCUGGUCAGAGAUGGGGAAUGGCUCUUUAGGCUGUAAAGAUCGCCCACCCCGGAGCUAGACAUUUCUGGACCACCUGCGUCUCUUCUAAAUCAAAGGGGAGGAGUUGAUACCAGAUGUUGCUAUGCUGACAGAUCUGCUGCUUUUUGAUAAUUGGACUAAAUAGUGAUCGUCUAUUCUUUCAGCCAAUGCGCGUUCAAGUCGUCAACGCACAGUAUCGAACCCCGGACAAGAAGAAGCCAGGUUCGGGGGGGCUUCGAGAGGUCCCGAGAGUUAUUCGGUCGACUUCUGGAGGAAAUGCCCAGUAAUGAACUGAAGAAUCGGCCAGAGUUUAGAAUGGCGUUUGACGGGCAUCAGACCACUUUGGGAAAUUCACUGUUUCAGCCAUGUCAGCGUCAGACAGGUGUUAAUGUAGGUGGUAAAAGUGGUUGCAUGUCAGUCCCCUUCAUUCCCAACCCAGUUCCAUCACGUUGUGAGCUUUCGGAUGUUUCCUGGUCUCAGGAGUCUCAAGAUGAUCAGUAUGAACUCAGAUAUACCCAGACUGCCAUUAAGAACAGGAAACAGACUGAUACCAACUGUGAUGCUGAAGCAGACCUUCAGGGUCUUGUUUCAAAUAUUUUGGACGAAGCAGAUUCACAAGAUAACUUCUACAGUGAAAGCCUACCUACAUGCAACCCUAUCUGGUCUCCAAAGACACUGAAAGAAGAGUUACUACAGUAUUUUCAACCAGAACCUAAAACAUUCAACAACCCUUCCUUCAUACCAAACCAUCUGCCCCAUGAGGCCUUCAGUAAAACACAACAGCCGGUAGACAAAGAAGUUAACGAGCUGAGUCAGCUGUCCAGUGGACUAGCUGGGAAUCAGCAGUGGUCGUUUAAUUCACCAAAUGGAGGCAGUUAUUCCAUUCGUCCUCAGAAGCUGCCCCCAGGACUACCGUUGUCCAACAAAGUAGCCGCUGAUCUGUCUCAACAGUAUAAACACAUCAGCAUGCCGCCUUAUAACAGCAGAGGGAAUGAUGCGCCUUCCAAAAACGUCCCAGUGCUGAGCGACAUCUUCAGACCUCAGAAAGAUGCAAACGCCUCGUGCCUUGACGAUUUAUGCGAAGACCACUACAAUCCAAAGACCAUAAAUCCGUUCCUAAACGACCGCUGUGUGCCAGAAGACAUGAAUCAACUGGUCAGCAGCUUUCGGUCAUUCAUGCCAUCAGAUCAUGGUAGCGGCUGUUGUGGAGACUUUCCAGGCAUGCACAAACCAACGGUGGACAUGGUCAGAGGAGGAGGACUGGCUCAACAGUGUAGGAAGCCCAACGACCCUACAGCGUCGACACAGAAUUUCCCCCCAACGCAGACCCAGAAGGAGCUCUUUGGCCACUUGGAGCAAAUGCAGAAUGGAAGAAUAGGAGAUGUGAGGAAACAAAACUUUAAACUUGACGACUUCCAAGAUCUUCCAGAGUUCAGCUCCGAGCGCAUGGAGUACUUUCAGAAACCAAAGCCGUUCCCAGCGCAUCUGACCUUCCCGAACCAGCACAAGAUGAUAAUGCAUGUAGACAACCACAAUCAUCAAAGCAUGAACCAGUAUUCAAAAUAUUAUACGAGGCAGAGCCAGAAAAAGAUCAAGCCGCAAAUGGAGAAAGAAAACAAGAUGAUGCAAAUGCCUGGAUUUACAGGAGAAGGCUUCUCGAGAAGGCAACAAACCAAUGCACACCUGGCAGAGGGAGACAAACAGCGCUUCUCACAAAAUCCGUACUUUGAUUUCCAGGGAAACAUGCAGUCCCAGAGACGUGACGGAGAGAACAUCAUGAUCAGUCCAGGGAACAUGCAGCAGUUCACGCCUCUUCCGUAUUCUCUGAAUGACUUCAGGAGAUACUCCAGCAUGGCCAUGAACUCAAACCUCAGCUCCAGAUCCAUCUUGCCAUGUGAAAACCGUGGGCCUCACAUGGACAUGAACGGCAUGAGGUCCACUAAUGAUGCAGCAUUCAGCUCCUUCAUCAGCGACAUGAAGAACCACAGAGGGGAGAGCACCUAUCAUGGCAUGGCCUCAGCGCUGACGGCUUCACUUAUGAUGAAUCAAGAAGGACCCGCUUUCCAGAUUCACUUCUACCUGGAUGAGUGUUACGAGCAGUUUAGGAGUUUGGAGAAGGAGAGAAAAAAGGCAGAGGUCAUCCUUAAAAAAGCUUUUCCUGGGAAAAGAGCUGCAGUGAUGACCAACACCAAUCCCCCCAAAACUCCACCAAAAUCAACAAGAGUUGACUACCUUAUUGUUAAUCAGAUGAAGGAGCAAGCAAAGGUGGCAAGCCUUUUUGAUAGAAUGGAGUGUCUCUGUGGAGUUCCCCUGCAUAUUAACAUCCAUGCAGCGCUGAAAACACACCACAUGGCCGUUUGUAUCACCCAGUCAAGACGCAAAGAGGACAGUGGAAACAUGACAAAACAGCAGCAGCAGGGAAUUAAUUUCACAGAGGACAGAGAUAACCCGUUGAUGGUCAUGGCACUGAAGGAACUGGCUGCUACAACCAAGAGGCUCCGAACAGCCCUGUGGUGCGCCCUCCAAAGCACGCUGCCGAAAGCCGUCAAGACUCAGGAACACGAUGUGGAUGAGGAGGCCGCAUGUGCCGAAGGCGUCUCCUCUCCUUUCCUAGGUUACUCCUUCUGCUUAUGAAUUAUCUAAGUACAAAUGUGAGAUUUUGAAUAAGGUUAUAGAAUCAAAUAUUCCUGUAGUAUUACUUACCUUAAAAUGACUAUAUAACAUUUUAUUUUAAAAAAAACAACAAAAAAAAAAGAGUGAUCACAACAAAUGAGAUAAGCAGUUUGAAGCUCGGAAGAUAACUGAUUUUUCUGACAUCGUUGACCUUUUUGCUCCAGAAUUACAUGAAAUGUAAUUUACAAUUUCCAACAUCUUAAUUUCCUUUGAUUAGUGUCCUCUCCAGAUUAACAGCAAUCUUGUACCAACACAGUUGUAUUUAAAGACACUAUUUAUGCAGAAGAUUUCAGUGAAUUCUUCAUUUUACUUAUUUAUUGGAAUAUAAUAGAACCUCAGUUUUAUGUAUUCCCCAGUAAUAAUUGAAUCACAAAGGCAGUCGUUUAAAAUUAACAAACCCUAAAUUGCUUUCUGGAAUGUUCCAAUCAAAUCCUUCGUAUUUCUUUUGUAACCUUACCAUUCUGUAAUCAGAUAAGAUUAUUUUUUUUUUAUCUCUAGUUUGAUUUAAAAUGUUCUAACAGUAUUAAGAGAAAGACUCAAUGUAUUUAAAUGCUUUAAUCACACUUAUUAGAAAAAGUGUUAAAAACAUCAGUGAAAUAAGAGUUAUCUCAAAAGUGUUAAAGGUUUCACUCACCAAGUUUAUGUACAAAACAUUAAACCUUUUGAAAACUUUUAAAAUUAA